AAUGUGGUUCUGAGGGUAAGGUGUUUGGCCCACAGGAAGUAUAAUGAUCCUGUGUAUCAGGAAUCCUUCGGCCUUAGGGGUGUUUUGCAUGUGUCCUCUCAUCUGGAAUGCUUUGAUAGUCUCCGGCCUGAAUCUUUCUGAAUUUCAUGCAUUUAAGACUUGGUGGUCUCUGUACAAUCGUUUCUCAGUGAAGAGAGGAUUCCCAAAUAGGAGGCAAGGACCAUAGAGGGUGGCUGUCUGCCCAGUCCAGCACCAUGCACACACUUGUGUUCCUCAGCACACGGCAGGUGCUCCAGUGCCAGCCAGCUGCCUGCCAGGCCCUGCCCCUGCUGCCCCGAGAACUCUUCCCCCUGCUCUUCAAGGUGGCCUUCAUGGACAAGAAGACGGUUGUACUACAAGAGCUGGUGCACACAUGGCCCUUCCCACUGCUCAGUUUCCAGCAGCUGCUGCAAGAGUGUGUCCAUUGCAGCCGCGCCCUGCUGCAGGAGCGGCUCAGCACAGAGAGCAUGCAGGCUGUGAUCCUGGGCUUGACUGCCCGGCUUCGCACUCCAGAAAAGGAGGCUGGCACGCAACCCCUUUGCAGGAAGCAUGCACUGCGGGUACUGGACAUGACCGGUCUUCUGGAUGACGGUGUGGAGCAGGAUCCUGCAACCAUGAGCAUGUGGGACUGCACAGCAGCUGUAGCCAGAACGUGUAUUGCCCAGCAGCAGGGUGGGACUGCUGAGCCAGGACUGUCACCGGCCCCUGUGGAAGUUCGUGUAGACCUGCGGGUCAACCGGGCCUCCUACACAUUCCUUCGUGAGGCACUCCAGAGUAGUGUGGACAGCCCACUUCGGCUCUGUUGCCGGGACCUCCGGGCUGAGGAUCUGCCCAUGCGCAACACUGUGGCCCUGCUGCAGCUUCUAGAUGCAGGCUGUCUACGCCGUAUAGACCUGCGCUUCAAUAAUCUGGGCUUGCGUGGCCUGUCUGUCAUUAUCCCACACGUGGCCCGCUUUCGGCACCUAGCUAGCCUGAGGCUGCACUAUGUGCACGGGGACUCGAGGCAGCCUUCUGUGGAUGGCGAGGACAACUUUCGCUACUUUCUGGCCCAGAUGGGCCGCUUUAUCUGUCUUCGGGAGCUCAGCAUGGGCUCUUCUCUCCUUUCAGGCAGGCUGGAUCAGCUGCUCAGCACCCUGCAGAGCCCCCUGGAAAGCCUAGAGCUGGCCUUCUGUGCACUGCUGCCUGAGGACCUCCGCUUCUUGGCUCAGAGCUCCCAUGCUGCCCACCUCAAGAAGCUGGAUCUGAGUGGCAAUGACUUGUCAGGGAACCAGCUGACACCCUUCCAGGGGCUGUUGCAGGCUGCCGCGGCCACGUUGCUGCACCUUGAGUUGACUGAGUGCCAGCUUGCUGACGCCCAGCUGUUGGCCACACUGCCCACCCUGACUCGAUGUGCCAGUCUCCGCUACCUUGGUCUCUACGGCAACCCUUUGUCUAUGGCAGGACUUAAAGAGCUGCUUCGGGACUCUGUGGCGCAGGCCGAGCUACGCACUGUGGUGCACCCCUUCCCUGUGGAUUGUUACGAGGGCCUUCCUUGGCCACCCCCUGCCUCAGUCCUUCUGGAAGCCUCCAUCAAUGAGGAGAAGUUUGCCCGAGCAGAAGCUGAGUUACACCAGCUCCUGUUAGCUUCAGGCCGCGCCCACGUGCUCUGGACCACAGACAUCUAUGGGCGCCUGGCUGCCGACUAUUUCAGCCUGUGAUCUCCAGGGUCCUGAUGAGGGCUAGGACAAGAGCCUUUGGGACUCUGCUGGAGGCCCGACACGAGGCUUUCUUAGGUUCUCUGCAGUUUGCCUUGCUCCUGGGUGUACCUCGAGUCACCCAUGUUUUGCAGUAUCCUUCACCUGCUCCCACUGUCUGACCGACCGACUGUUGGUAUCUUAGGACUGUACUCCCUUACCUUGUGUGGCUGCGCUUGAUGGCUCUUCUGGGUUGCAGCCUCUCUGCAGAAGAGAGUCCCUGGGCACAUCCCAUGCCCUUAGAAGGAGUGCAGUAGAUGAGGCAGAGAUUAGGAUGAUCUGCUUUAGGGAGUCUUGGGAGUACCCCAUGCGGUCUGGGGCCUCAUGCUGGGUAUCCUGUCUGGCACCUGAGGCACUCUAUUACCCGACUCUGUGGGGUGUGAGCAAGGUACAAAUGUGCAGUUUCUGGAACCUGAA